CCAUAUCAAUAAAUAUUUCAAAAUUUUCUUUCCAUCCGUGCUUUUUUUAGCAUUAUUUAAAAUAUAGGAUUAUCAAGUAUUUAAUUAAUUCAUAACUAAUCAAUUAAAAUAAUAAAUUUUUCAAAAUGACAUCUACUGCUGUAUCAAAAGGUUCUUUUCAACCAGACUCUGAUGUUCAUAUUACAUUUGAAGAUCAACAGAAAAUUAAUAAAUUUGCAAGACUAAAUGCUCGUGUUGAAGAAUAUCGCGAUGAACUAAAAUCAAAGCAAACACAAUUAAAAAAUUUGGAAGAUGCAUGUGAAGAAUUAAUGCUAUUAGAUGAAGAUGAUUGUCCAAAUUUACCUUACCUAUCUGGUGAAACAUUUGUGUACUACAAUCUUGAAACUGCACAAAAUAAUUUAGAAGAAUUAAAGAAGUCAGUUGAGAAAGAAAUGAAAGAAAUUGAAACUAAAAUUGCUGAUAUAUCAUCUACUAUGAGUGAUUUGAAAACACAUUUGUAUGCAAAAUUCGGAAACAACAUAAAUUUAGAAGCAGAAGACUAAGUGAAUAAUUGUAAUCUUAAUUUAUAACUUUAUUAUAAUAAUCUUUAAACAUUAAAAAAUUAAUUCAUUAAAAAUAA